CAGGAAGUGAACCGCCAAGUAGGUAAUAGGUAUUGUCUAUUAAUGGAUCGUACGCGGCAGCACUCGCAGCAGCUGCUUGUCCGCUAAGGUCCUUUCGCGCGAUAAGAUCGUCUGAUAGCAAACGGUUUUGACGUAUCCGAUUGGUCCAACCGCACGUUUCCUCCUCGUCGUCCGUCAUCAACAACUUACUUCUGGCAAGUGGCAACGGUCGCGGUGGCCAGACGUACAAAUUGUCCGAAUCACUUGCUACGCAAAACUUUUCUGUCGUCAAUAAACGACAAUCAAUCAGUUAAGUAAUAUCUGGACUUUAUCGACUCAAUUAGCCCUCGACGUCGUACAUCAUGGCUCGCGUUUUGGUCGGCGUUAAACGCGUAAUCGAUUACGCGGUGAAGAUCCGCGUCAAGCCCGACAAGACUGGCGUUGUCACCGACGGCGUCAAGCACGGCCUGAACCCGUUUGACGAGAUCGCCGUCGAGGAGGCCGUCCGCCUCAAGGAGAAGAAGAUCGCGUCUGAGGUGAUCGCCGUGUCGUGCGGCCUACCCCAGGCCCAGGAGUCGCUGCGAACUGCCCUGGCGAUGGGUGCAGACCGUGCCGUCCAUGUCGAGGUGCCUCAGGCCCAGUACGAUACUCUUCUGCCGCUGCACGUGUCCAAAAUGCUGGCCAGGGUGGCAGUGGACGAGAAGGCAGACAUUGUCAUCGUUGGCAAGCAGGCCAUUGAUGACGAUUCCAACCAGACGGCUCAGAUGACUGCUGCCCUAUUGGGCUGGCCUCAGGCCACUUUCGCUUCAGAGGUGACCGUUGCUGAUGGCAAUGUGCUGGUCAAGCGAGAGGUAGACGGUGGCUUGGAGACAGUUAAAGUCAAAUUGCCAGCUGUCAUUAGCGCCGACUUGCGGCUCAAUGAGCCGCGGUAUGCUACUCUGCCCAAUAUCAUGAAGGCCAAGAAGAAGCCCAUCAAAAAGCUCACAGCCACAGAUGUCGGUGUGGACUUGGCGCCACGUCAACAAGUGUUGAGCGUAGAAGACCCGCCCACCAGACAGGCUGGUUCCAUUGUGCCUGAUGUCGACACUCUCAUCACCAAGUUGAAAGAAAAGGGUCAUUUGUAAUGCAAUGUCACCAAUACUGUUGUUUUAGUUCUUACAAAUUCUUCGUGAGGUUUUCAGCUGUUACCAAUAAUAUUUUUUCAAAAUCGAUUUUAUUUUACUUGUAAUUUAAAAGAUCAAAUAUUAAUACAAUGAACAUUUUUGUAACGGCAA